UCCGUCGAGUGUGUACGCGUUGUGUUCUAAAAUAUUAUUUAAAAAAAUGUGUUAAAUAAAACUCAGUGCAUCAGGAAAUUGUUUUGUGCCAUAAUUUGGAUUGAAAAGUGGCGACCUCGAUUUUUCCGGAGCACUAUUGUAUGACGUCAAGUUCAGGGGCGAUAAAGCAUUAUCGAAGAAAGAAGUAUCUGCGGGGAGUAGUGGUUGUGUUGUAAUGUAGAGUUAGUUAAGUGAAGCCGAUUCUUUAUGGGGAAGUGCACUUAAAUCACAAUUAUGAGUUUAAUGGCCCUCAUUAAGUUUGGGUACACGAUGGUCGUGGUGGCGUUAGUGCUGAUGAUAUGGGCCUCGCUAUCAGGAGCUUUAGAACUCCACGUGGACACGGGCCAUCCGCCAUGUUUGUUCCAAGCACUCUGCACGUGUUCCAAGCCUGCUGGAGACCUGGGUAUCGUCACCUGUAACCACGUGCCCAUACUAAGAGUCCCAGCCGCUGUCAAUAGCUCCAAGGUCUUCACUCUGCAGCUCACGGGCAACAAGAUACGGGAUUUGGAGCCACAGUUCUUUCAAGCUACAGGACUCUAUCGACUAGCCAUUAAUCAGAAUCCGUUAGAAAAUAUCCACGAGGAGGCAUUCUAUGGCCUGGACAAUACGCUAUGGGAGCUGGAGCUACGUGAAGACAAGUUGACAUCGGUACCGAGUCGAGCCUUGAGGUAUCUGCAGAAACUACGCAUGUUGGACUUAUCAGGCAACGAAAUAACAGAUAUCUCUGGUGACAAUUGGAGAGGACUGGAGAACUCAUUACAAACGUUAAUUCUUGCUGACAACUCAAUCGCUGGUCUGCCUUUGGACGCUUUUUCCAGCUUGCCAAUGCUCGAUACACUAGAUCUCCAAGGAAAUCAUCUGACAGUUAUUGAUAGUGGUGUAUUCCGUGACGGGAUGAAUCGAUUAACAAAGCUGCUUCUUGGUAACAAUCAACUUAUGCUCAUUCCUUAUGAAGAAAUAUCACCUUUGCGUCAGCUACGAUACUUAGAUCUAUCUAACAAUUUGAUCAAACAAGUUCCUCCGGCCCAUGAUCUAAACGGCAUCUCCUUAUCUUUGGACACAUUGAAGUUAGAUAACAAUAACAUCAGGAAUAUUUUGCCGGGAUCAUUCAAAUACUUUAACGUCUUGAACUCAACCAGUCUCGAUGGAAACCCAAUCUAUACAAUUCGUGAAGAUGCAUUUCGGAACGCAAAGAUAAGAUCACUAUCACUCCGUGACUGCGGAAUUACCGAGCUGUCACCAGCCUCGUUCGCUGGGCUUGAGAACAGUCUGCAGAGUCUCGAUCUCUCGGAGAAUAACUUAACGAUGAUAUCAAAGUUUAUGCUCAACAAACUGGAUUCACUGAGGUUUUUGAACUUGAGGGAGAAUAAGGUUGAUACAAAUCUACUGUCAGCGGCACAUCCUUCCGAUUUUUCCGGGGCAGUCAAUAGCUUCCAAUACAAGUUAUUUUUCUUGGAUAUAAGUGGCUCUUCGCCGAUUGAAAUGAGCCUACAGGAUAUUAGAAGAAUGCGAUCCCUUCGUUACCUCGCAAUCAGUAAGCUCAUUCGACGCAGUAUCAGCGCAGAAGAUUUCUUGGAAUAUGGACUUGAGUUGGAAGACCUAAAGAUAUUUGGCAGCACAAUCACUAAGAUUGAAGCGAGCGCUUUCCAGCACGUCAGAACUAUCAAGACUUUGGACUUAUCUGAGAACAAUAUCGACUUUAUUGAUCCAUUUGCCUUUGCUGAGUUACAUAGUCUAACGACGUUAAAGUUCGCUAAUGGUUUGUCGGAUUCUGUAAAAAUUCUACCAUUUGAACCUCUGAAGGCCCUAAUCGAAUUACAAACCCUGGACUUAAGCAACAACAAACUAAAGAAUGUUCCAGAUACGUCUUUUCACUUCCUGUAUAAGAUGAAAACACUGAACUUGCAAGACAAUCUAAUUGAUCACUUCUCUAAAGGAACUUUGCAGGGAGAUAUUCACAAACAACUACAAAGUGUAUUUCUGUCCUUCAACAAAAUGACCCAAAUAGUUCAACAUACUUUUGUAGACCUUCGGGAGCUACAAGAGAUUCUAAUGGAUGAUAAUUUAAUUGAAACUAUACAGAGGCGAGCGUUUAUGAGUUUGGAUAAUUUGAAAAUUAUUAGAUUAAGAGGGAACAGAUUAAGUGAAAUUAGUGAAGAGGCAUUCCAGAACUUACCAGCUUUAAAAGAAUUGGAUAUUUCAUUUAAUCGUUUGGAAACCUUUAAAUUUUCAAUUUUUGACCAAGUCGGAUCAGCCACAGCUCUAAAAGUGAAUGCAUCAUACAAUCAAAUAUUUACUUUAACGGAUUCGAAUGCGCCAAGUUUCUUUACAUCCAACUUCUAUCCUCCAGCAAAAGCCCAGAGCUUAUUAUCUGUGGAUGAGCAAGAAAAUUCAGAUAAAACUAAAAUAAAGGGAGAUCAAGGUUUUUAA